CCUCCACCACCACCACCACCACCUCCGCCAUGGCAUACACGCGGCGCCAGUGGCUCAUUCUGGUGGUGUUCAGCUUCGCACAGUUCUGUAAUGCAGUGUGUGUGUCGCUGCAGGCACCCUUCUACCCGGCAGAAGCAGAGCGCAAGGGCGCCACGGCCUCGCAGUACGGGCUGGUGUUCGGGGUGUUUGAGCUGACAGUGUUCCUGGUGAGCCCCGUGUAUGGCCGCUUCAUGACCCGAUGGGGCCCCAAGUUCAUUAACAACGCCGGUAUCUUCACCGUGUCCGUCAUGUGUAUUCUGUUCGGCUUCCUGGACCGCAUCAACGACACCGACGCCUUCAUCGGCUGUUCCUUCGCCGUCAGAAUCGUGGAGGCGAUGGGGAACGCUGCCUUCAUCACCUCCGCCUUCAGUAUCAUUGCUAAGGAGUUCCCCAAGAACGUGGGGUCCGCCUUCGCCUCCAUGGAAACGUUCUUCGGCGUGGGUCUCAUCGUGGGUCCCACUGUGGGCGGCGCCCUUUAUGAGCUGGGCGGCUACACCUUGCCCUUUGCCGCCAUGGGGGGCGUCCUGCUGGGGGCGGCUAUAGUCACCACGUGUUGCCUUCCGUCCGAGGGCGCCGAGGCAAGCACAGAGUCCCAGACGAGCCCCGGUCAUUUCUUCGCCGCCAUCAAGCUGCCGUCCAUCGCGCUGGGCUGCUUCGCUAUCGUCUGUGCCUCCAUCAGCAUCGGCUUCCUGCAGGCCACCCUGGAGCCUCACCUGCGCCCCCUCAACCUCACGCCCGUACAGAUGGGACUCAUGUUCAUUCUGAACGGCUCCACCUACGCACUGCUGGCACCCUUCUGGGGCAAGAUGUGUGACAGCUACUUGUCGCCCCGCACGCUCAUCACUUUCGGCGCCAUAGUGGUGGCGAUUGCUUUCACAUUAAUCGGACCGAUGCCCUUCGUGCCCGUCAAGCUGAGCCUCGCUGUCUGCAUCGUCUCGCUCAUCGUGCACGGUAUUGGAUUCGGCGCUGUGCUGGUGUCAACAUUCGCCGGUGCUCACCGGGACGCCUUAGCUCACGGCUUCCCCGACGAUCUCAGCACCUACGGCCUCGUGUCUGGCAUCUGGACCUCGACCUUCGCCCUUGGCUGCUUCAUCGGGCCGUCAGCUGGCGGCGUCCUCGUGGACUACAUAGGGUUCCCCUGGACCACCGUGAUCGUGACUGUACUGCACAUCCUGGUAGCCCUCAGCACGGGAUUCUACAUCUGCUGCGCCUUGCCCCCAGACACCGUGUACCCGUCCGUGCACGACAGUCUGGCUCGCUCCAAAGACGAGCGACAGUCGUUGCUCGUGCCGGGCCAGGACGACGACGACUCCACGUACGGAAGCGCUGGGUCUUCUAGGGAGAACCUUGGCACGCUUCCCUGAGUCUUCUGAUGUUCUUUUCCUCGCUGCAAGCCUGCCCCGCCAGCCCGCGGGGACAGUAGGUGCAGCAGAGGGCAUGGAUCUCCUUAAAUGGCGGGAUCCUCGGCGCAACCGCGUGACCUGAGAAGUUCAAAGCGCUGGAUGGCGGCGAGGACACUGCCUGCAGGCCGCCCGCACUAUUGAAGGGGCAGUGCAGCCAUUAUACACUCCCUCCAUUAUACACUCCCUCCACGCUCCCGGCAUCCCCCUUUCCCCCCCACCGUGUGAGGCAGCUUCGAGUCGCGCGGUGCUGGAACGACUAUUUGCUCAAUUGUGUAUACUGUAUGUUUAUUGUUAAUUGUUGUGUAGAUGUACAUAUACGAGUAUAUAUAAUUAUAUAUUAAACCGAAAGA